GGAAAGGAAGUAGACGUCGAAGUACCAAAACAAGAAGACACUUGCGGAUAAUUAGAGCAAAAAGCAGUGUCAGAAUUGUCAGCCAUGUCUUGAAACUGUAGGAUUCUGGUUCUAAAGACCGCCUGUACUGUAGAAUUCAUAGAUCACAAAGAAAAUGUUUUUCUGACAGUAGUAACGACUAGGUAGCUACAAUAGCUUAGCUGAGUACCAGGCCUGUCUAGCUAGGUAGCUUGUUAGCUAUCUUUUCUACGUUGCAUGUUACAGCGUUGGUAGCUAGCUAGAUACUCGCCAUUAACCACAGCUACAGUUUUGACAUCGAGGGACUGCGAAUCGUUUUUUAAAUGUAUAGCAAUAUGAGUUGGUUUAACGCUUCGCACCUGUCUAGCUUUGCUAAACAAGCUCUGACAACAGCUCAAAAAUCCAUCGACAGAGUUUUGGACAUCAAGGAAGAAGAUCAGUGGGGAGACACUGUGUUACCGUCAUAUGAUGACUUACCAAGGAAGACAUCGUUGAGUGACGGCUGGGGGAUGACCCAGUGGGACUCUCCGCCGAAGGAGUGUGCACAGACCGCCCCUCUGUCGAAGGAGGCCAUCACAACGCCUGUGACCAGGACCGUUAUAGACGAGUCUGAGAGCUUCUUCAGUGCCUUCCUGCCCCCCGGGGACCUGCAGAAUGUGAAGACGACUCCGGUGGUGUCAGUACCCCCUGCCAAAUCCCACCAUCUACAGAAUGAGGAGGAGGACAGGGCCAUUGUUGUCAACGAGAAUACUGCCCCUAAAAAACCAGCUCCUGUAGAGCCUGGCAAACUGGAUAGCAAAAAGGCUGUGGGGAGCGAACCUGUCCAGACAGAGCCUGUACAGCCUGCAUCCAUUGUAGAGGCUGUGCCCCUCAGUCCAGACCCCAUUCAGCUGGGGGAUGUUCCAGAAGACGCUGAGCACCAUGUAACCAAUGAGAGUAAGGAGGAGUUGGACAGCACAGCUGCAGUUUCCGAGGCAACUGAAGCAGACAAGCCACUCCCCCCUUCAGCCCCACCAGAGGUUGUGGACAGUGCAGUGAGCACAGGAUCUGUUGUGGCUUUAGCUCCGGACAGCCCCUCAAAACCACAGCCAGUGCCCCCAAAGGACAUCCUGCUGGAGUCAAAAGACCCCAAGUCGGAGGACAGGCAGAGCAACACUCCUUCUCCUCCUGUGAGCACCUUCUCUUCUGGGACGUCCACCACCAGCGACAUUGAGGUGCUGGACCACGAGAGCGUGCUGAGCGAGAGUUCGGCCAGCUCCCGGCAGGAGACCGCAGAGUCCAAGGCCAGCCUCCACCUGAUGCAGAGCUCCUUCCAGCUGCUCUCGUCCUCCACCUGCGCAGACUUCCAGCGCCUGGACGACUACCAGAAGCUGACGGAGAGCUGCGGCUCCUCGGACGCCUUUGAACGCAUCGACUCCUUCAGCAUGCAGUCGCUGGACAGCCGCAGCGUCAGCGAGAUCAACUCGGACGACGAACUCCCGGGGCGGGCGUGCACGUUGGCCUCCGUCACCGCCAGCCCCACCACGCCCAUCCCAGCGAGUCUGGGACAGGGGGAGGGGCGGGAGGACGAGGACAGGCUCGCGGACGGUGCAAAGGACCACUCGCUGGACGAGAACGAGAUGGAGGAGAGUGGACGCAGCGCCACACCUGUCAACUGUGAGCAGCCCGAGGAGCUGCCGGACCCUGAGGCCCAUAUGACACGACCUGGUCCAGUCAGUGAUGUCACUGAGCAGUCAACUCCACUAGCUGCAGAGGAUACACCAGGAGUCUCAGCCUCCCAGAUGCUGGAGCUUCAGAAGAUUGUCGAUGAAUUGACGAGUCGACUUGAAAAGAGGGAGUUGCAGCUGUUAGCUGUCAGCAAGGAUAAGGCCAGGCUGGAGGAGCAGUGUGACAAUCUCAAGGAUGAGAUCAUUGGUUUGAAGGAAGAGAGCUCUACUGUGCAGUCGCUGAAAGAGGAGUUCACGCAGCGAAUCGCAGAGGCCGAGAGGAAGGCGCAACUGGCCUGCAAGGAGAGAGACAUUACGAAAAAGGAAAUGAGGGGCUUGAGAGAGGAGCUCUCUAUGAGGCUCAACUCUAAUGAGACCCUGGAAAUAAUCAGAGAGAAAGAGGAACAGAUCAAAGGCCUGCUGGAAGAAGGGGAAAAGCUGUCCAAGCAACAGCUCCAGCAUUCGAACAUCAUUAAGAAACUCCGGGGCAAGGAGAAAGAGAACGAGACCCUAAUCACCAAACAGAGCAAGAAGCUGAAGGAACAGGAGGAAGAGCUGAAGCACCUACAGCAGGUUCUGGAUGGGAAGGAGGAUGUGGAGCGGCAGCACCGUGAAAACAUUAAGAAGCUGAAUGCAGUGGUGGAGAAGCAGGAGAAGGAGACAGUGAAGCUGCAGAGCGACAUGGAGGAGCUACAGGAGAAAAAUCGCAGCCUGCAGGCCGCCCUGGACAACUCAUACAAGGAGCUGGCAGAGCUGCACAGGGCCAACGCCACAAAGGACAGCGAGGCCCAGGAGGCAGCACUGAGCCGGGAGAUUCAGGCCAAGGAGCAGCUGAGCAUGGCCCUGGAGAAGGCCCAGGAGGAGUCACGCAUGCAGCAGGAGGCACUGGUCAACCAAGUUGCAGACCUGAGGGUGGCUCUCCAGCGAGCUGAGCAGCAGCAAGCCCGGAAAGAGGACUAUCUGCGAGAAGAGAUCGGCGAACUUCAGCAGAGACUGCAGGGAGCCGAGACUCGCAACCAGGAGCUCAGUCAGAGUGUAACCUCAGCAACACGGCCUCUUCUGAGACAGAUAGAGAACCUACAGGCCACACUGGCGGGCCAGACAGCAUCAUGGGAGAAGCUAGAGAAGAACAUCUCUGACCGACUUGUGGACGCCCAGGCUCAGCUGGCUGUUGCCGUGGAGAAGGAACGCUCUGCAGCUGAAGAGCUCUUAGCCAUCAAAGCCCAGUUGGCAUCUCUGGAGUCCCAGAAUUCUCUGUUAAGGCAGGAGAAGGGCCGUCUUCAGGGUCAACUGGAUGCAGAGAAGUCUAAGCGGGAGAAGCUGGAAGAUGAAAGCAGCAGGGAACAUGUGGAGCUGGAGAACCUGAGGGUAGAGCACAGUCGAACACUAGAGGAGGCUCGAAAGGACAAGUUGCUUCUGACCAAUCAGCUGGAGAUGGAGAGAAUGAAGGUGGAACAAGAAAAGAAGAAAUGCUAUCUGGCACAAGAGGCGCUGAAAGAAAAGGAGAGAAAAGCCUUAGCCCACUCAAUUUCGGAGCCCCCAGCCUCCUCCACCCCCUCCCUGUCCCGCUCCAGCUCUGUCAGCGGGGGUGACAUGGCAGGCCUACAGUCCUCUCUCCUCUCGCAGCAGGAGGAUUCUCUGGAUCACUCCUUUGGCACGAUGACCUUGUCUGUGAGUGGGAGCAAUCUGUACGAGAUGGCUCGUCUGGCGGGCGGCUCCAGCGUCAUCGAGAACCUGCAGUCCCAGCUGAAACUCCGAGAGGGCGAGAUCGCUCAGCUGCAGAUUGAGAUCUCCAGCUUGGAAAAAACACGCGCCAUUAUGGCAGAGGAGCUGGUGAAGCUGACCAAUCAGAACGAUGAGAUGGAGGAGAAAGUGAAGGAGAUCCCUAAACUACGUGUGCAGCUCAAGGAGCUGGAGCAGAGGCACAACACCAUUCUGCAGAUGUACGGGGAAAAGGCGGAGGAGGCUGAAGAGUUGAGACUGGACCUGGAAGAUGUGAAGAACAUGUACAAAACCCAGAUUGAUGAGCUGCUGAAAAACCAGAAAUAAAUCCCAGGGUCAAGCAGACCGCUUCCCACCGCUGAAAAUCAGUAAAAGUCCCUGUUGCAUGUGCUGUAAGAGGAUGGUUAAGACUGUCUGGUUCUUGUUUCUACAAGAGGGAUGUUAUUUCUGCCCCUUUUUUUUGUAACUUUUCAAAAUUUUCCACAGUAUGAAAGGAAAAGCGAUUUCACUUCAAAGUCCAAAGGUUUUCUUCUUUUAAAUUUAGGUAGCCAUGAAAUGAUGUAUCAUUUAUGGGGAAACAAUGUUAGGACAAAACGAUGUGAUGUGAAGUUACUGGAAAAAAAUGUUAUUCGCUACAUUUAAACACUGAUCUGUGAAGGUCGUAAAUAUGUGGGGUCUUUCAUCAUUUGGUUGUGGUUUGUUUUUUAGACAUCAUUUACCUUUUUUAUUAUAAAUUCUCUAGCUCAAGUAAUUGAAGGCAAACUAUUUUAUAUUACAAAUUCGACAUAGUUAAUCGGGUAUGGGGUUGGUUUCAUUGACUUGAAUGUUUAAGUCUGUUAUGUCUGAUCACUACACAACAUUUUCUGAAGUGAAAAGCCUGAGAUUCCUCACAUAUUGAAAUUUCUUAUUGUGCGGUUAGUAUUUAUAUAAAUGAAAAGAUAGACCUAAUAUAUUGAAGGAGUGGGACCAGGUUUACAUAUGAAGUGUUACGCGAAUGUUCCGGAAUCUCCAGAGCACCUAACCCAGUUGUGAGAGACAAAGGUUGCGGUGUCAUUUUUUUUCUCCCCAAACUAAAAGAAUGAUUUGACUUGAUGGGUUACUGUUUAAGAAAAUGUAUGACUACAUUGAUUUCAGUUUCAGUAAGCAUAUAGGAGGAUGAAAAAUACAU